CAAAAAUAUUUUAUUUGAAUUAUGAUUUUGAAGAUUUUGAAAAUUUUGAUAAUAUUAAUGAACUUGAACUUUUAUCUCUUAGAGAAAAUAAAGAAAAUAAUGAUAAUUAUGAUGAAAGUAAGAAUGAAAAUUCACUUUAA